AUGGCGACACCAUCUUCUAAACCGAACCCGGGAGCAACUCCUACACACCUUACCUCGUCGCCUCGUCCGCCGGGUGGCCCUAUGAACCGAACGAUAUCCCUGAAAUCACCAUCAACGAGAACCCCGUCCGCUUCGGGACAUGGCCAUCUGAACCAGUCCGCGUCAACCCAGCAGUACGCGACUCCUAUGGGGGUAACCGCAGACAACGAUAAUGCGAUCUCGUUCAGCUCACCCUCCGCCCUGCUUCUCGGCGCCUAUCCCGGGAUUAGCCCGUCUCCUGCCGUUCAUGAUGCACUAGUUGGAACAGGGAUACAUGAUAGCGACAUCCAGGCGUUGGGAAUGUCGGGUUUGAAGCUUGGGAAUGCCCGGGAUAAUGAUGAGGAGCGCAGGAGGCAUAUCAGCGAAGUCGUUCAGCUGCUGCGAGCGCGCGUGGCGGGUAGGGGAGUGUGUAGAGAGGGAAUCGAGCGAUUAAGCGACCUCGAGCGGUUUGAGUCGAUUUGGCAAGACGAUAAUUUGAACAUUGCUGGCAACUUCGUUGAUCUAGAAAUUGAUUUUUACCGCGGCCAGAAUGUGGUCAAGGAUGUUAGCUUGAAAUAUGCUACUCCGGAGGCCACUGAAGGGGAAAGUCGUGAGGAGGCUACGGCUGUUUUGAAGCGCGACUUGAUACAGAUACCCGAAGACGGCCGGCGCGGUACUUGGAAGAGUCUGGACAACUUUCAUAAAAACCUGCAAUGGCUUGCCCGACAUGAUAAACUUAGCGAAGAGGUGAAUUGCUUCCAGGCCAUCGAAGGUCUCUACGAGAGCAUGAAACGUUUAUGGAGCGCGGAAGGCACCCAGCGCAAGUACUCCGGCGACAAUGACCACCUCUGCAGCGGCAAUGUGGGAAGGCCGAGCCUUCAUAGAGGCGGUAGAAUAGGUCUUUGGUUGGAUUACUGGGUGUCCCGUGCCCGAGUCCUAGACGCGAAACUGCAGAGAUCUUCCGACGCAAUGGCGAUAGACAACCCGUCUGAAUACCCCGCCAAUGAGGAAUCGGACUAUACCAAUGGAGACUGGAGGAUUGCAGUUGAGUGCGAGGAGGGUUACCCGUCUCUUCGCGUAUCCAAGGACUGGAUCGGGCCCGAUGCUUUUACUGUGGUUCACAACGAUGGCGAAGCGUCGUCGUCAACCAACCCGCCGGAAUCAGAUGUCACCGUAGUCAACUGGACUGAUCCACCAGCGACUUUAACUGACAACCAAGGGUCUUCUGAGAAUAUGGAUCUCGACUCUGGCAUGUUGGGCUCGUCGUCUCCUAACCGUCGGUUUGUUGCUAGGCUGGAGCCACCCCUUGACAUACCGUUCAUGGUAGCGGACCAGGUCUACCGGCACCUGAAUAUAGAGAUGCCGCAGGAUUACAAAAUGCUGACGUACGAUGGGUUACUAGCCCCAGGCUGGUCCCCAUUGUCAGCUGCGGGAGCACUCGGCCCAGAAGACCCUACUCAAAUCGAUCGGAGGAGAAGCAGAGUAUCCGUGCCGUCGCUUGACGACGAGGGUAAACCGUGCACGAAGUGGCACAGUUACACGUUCCAACCAUUUGAAUCUGCGGGUGGAAGAACGUUAAGAGAUAUCCCGUUCUCUCACCCACGGCAACUCGCAGAUAUCCUUCCGACUUUUCGACAGUAUGCCCUUCUAGCGAACAUAAUCCGCGGUAAAUUCCCGCUGGCGUCAAAAUCAGACGAUCAAAAUAAUUCAGAUGGAAAGGAAUAUAAGACGGAACGCAACGAGGAUGUAACAAUAUUGAGCAAUGAAAAUCCCAACAUGAAGAAGCUCAAUACGUUGCUGGGCUUGAGUCAAGCAGAUGGAGUUGACGCGGACGACCUCAAAGUGGACGUGACAUUGCGGACCAUUGGGCAAGCCCCGAUGAUUAUGCUACUAUUUACUGUGGAUCAUCCUUCAUCCGCGGAGUCAAAACCUGAAGACGUUGUUCUCACCAAGGCUUCAAUCAGUUUCGAAAUUGGAAUAAAUGGACGUGUCUCUGUGGUGGACGUGACAGGAUUGCUGGGCGACGAGAAUAACACUCUCAACGACGCUAAUGCAGACGGACAAACAACCGCGGGGUCGACCAACGAACUGCGAAGCAAGCUGGCGUAUGUGCUUGAGACAUCCCAAGACAUUGGCGUCCUGGUGGAAUGGGUCCUCCGAUGGGCACGUCAGCAAAAGAGCCGCGGGUGA